CUUCACACAAAUUCAGUGAAGGAAUACCCAUCAUUGAAAAGAGUGCAUUCGAAGGGUUUACCUGUCGGUAACUGCAAGCUGUCAUUUCGCCGUCAUAUUCCACAACCCAUGGAGGGAUAUUAUUAAAAUCAGCCGUCAACCUGGUUACUCAAAAACACUUUCUUCUAAUGCUAGGGUGGCUUUAAAAAAGAAACGUCGCACUCUCUCUCUAUAUAUGUGGGUGUGUUUCCAGAAUUAACAAGAGCAGUGGUGAAAGCACAUUUUAGUGGGCACUGAGAACCAUUAGAGGAAGGGUUUUCUUUUUCUGAAUUUGGUGAAAAGGGUGGUCAUAUGAGUACGCACAGAGAAGCAGAAGUGGAAGUAGUUAAAGAUGAUCUCCGUUGUAGACGGUCAGACGGAAGAGGAUGGAGGUGCGGUGCCCCUGCCAUGAGUGGCCGCACUCGCUGUGAGAAGCACUUCAAAAGGAAUCAGGGCCGCGAAAGGAAGAAAAAGGGUGAAAAGUCUACCAAAAAAAUGAAGAGCUUAGAGGCCGUUUCUGGUUUUGCCCAGGGCAACCCGGAUUUGUUCGGCAGUUCAUUGAAGCCCGAAGCCAAAGAUGGAAAUGCUGGUUGCCAAAACGAACAAGAGUCUCUGGAAACAAAUUUCAAUGAAAUUAGUGGGCGCUGCAAGUCUGCAUUUGUGAUUUCCGGCCAUAAUGUGGAAGCCGAAGCAGCAGAAGUGGACAUUGUCGCACGGUUGAAAUCCCUCACCAGAAUGACACUAGCUUUGCUGCUACAAAACUUGACAAGAGAUGACUUUAUCAGGGACAUUGUGACAUUGAAAGUGCAAUGUGAAGAUGAUCCUGGUGCGACAUGGAAGGUUUUCGAAUGCAAUCCCUACAUCUUGGGUGAAGCAGAAAACCCAGAUAUGUAUAUUUCGUUUCUAAACUACCUAUGCAAAUUGGCAGAAGAAGACCAUAAUGUUGUUGAUGACAUAUUUGGUGUUGCAGAGAAAUGGAGCACCGGAGAAGGUGAUCGUAUCGAGUAUUUAUUCAGAAGUUUUUCUCCGAAUGAAGUUGGGACUCGUGAAGUAUUUGAACCCGAUGAGGGUUUUUAUAUUAUGGGAUAUUCGAGGCAACUUCCAUCGCCCAAGCAAUGGGCUGGAAUGAGGGUGUAUGUACAUCUAACGAUGUCGCAGUUUUUGAAAGGGGAAGAACACCUCUCAGUGUUGAAAGGUGCUGCUCUGCCUAUUGCCCAGCUGCUGCCUACCGAUCAGUCUGGGAUUACCUAAUGGAAAUGUAUUAUCGGUGUUUUGGUUUUCCAUUUGUGAAUACUUAUACCUCAAAGCAAUAGAAAAUCUCUGCUUUUAUUUUGCUGUGCAAUUUUGAAACUCUACAAAGUGCGUUAACUUUACAAAUAUAUGUCAAUAUCCCUCAGUAUAAUGUUACAGUUGGUCUUUGAUUGUCUGAAAACUGCUGCCUAAUUGAUGAACAGGGUGAGUUGGUCCCCUAUAUUGUACAAAUGCAGACAAGCUUAUAAUUACAGUGUCUUUCAACUUUUUUAUUGACAAUCUCCUUUUGAGCUU